AUGAGUGAGAUGGAAUUCUUCAGGUACCUUUGCCUCACAAGGAAAUCUUUUGACGACACCUUGGACUUGAUACACAAGGCUUAUGGAAUUCCUGGUGUGGUGGGGGCUGUGGAUGGCUGCCACAUUCACAUCAAAGCUCCAUCAGCCACUCAGGCUGAUUUCAUUGACAGGACUCAGAGGUAUAGUGUUAUUCUUCUUGCAGUUAGCUUGCCUAAUAAACGUUUUUCCUAUAUUCAAGGGGGCUUCCCGGGAUCUUCCCAUGAUAGCCGAGUGCUAAACUCAUGUUCACUUUUUCAGAAAAUAGAAAACAGUGAUCGUAAUUAUUUCCCAUCACCACAAUAUCAUAUUGUUGGAGACUCUGCCUUUGGACUCCAAAAGCAUUUAAUGGUACCUUUUAAGAACACUGGAAACUUGUCACCUGCAGAGAUUAAUUUCAGUACAAAACUGUCCAGAGCAAGAGUUACCAUUGAAAAUGCUAUUGGUUUUCUGAAGGGUAGGUUUCGACGAUUAAAGUAUGUCGAUGAUGAUGUAGCGCGGAUACCGAAAAUCAUAAAAGCAUGUUGUGUUCUUCACAACAUCUCAAUAACUCAGCCUGAUAAAGUUGACAUCCUUGAGAGGGAAGGGCUGGUGGAUGAUACUGCUGAGCACUUCAGUUCUUCACUGUCAUCAGCCCUGCCACGAAAUAUGGCUGGUGUGCAUAAAAGACCGGCAUUGGUGCGCAUGCUACAAGGUUAUUGAAUAGCUGAAUGGUAAUGAGUGGCAGUUAAACACAAAAAGUGAAGGCAACAAGCAAAAGGACUUUUUAGGGUUUCAGCUGUGAAUGCCUAUUUUUCAGUAACAAUAACAUACCUACUGUGAUCAAAAGCAGAAACAUGGGCUCUAAGUAGAAAAUUCAAGUGAUCGCAGAAUGCUGAGGUAUAUGACAGGGAUCAGGUGGCAGGACAGGGGGUCCAGUGCAGAUGUAGCUAACAUGUGGUGUAGAUGAUUUGGAAUCAAUGCUCAGAAGGGAAAGACUGCAUUGGUUUGGACAUGUUAAGAAAGCAGGAGAGGAUAUGGUGUUGGAGACUUUGGAGACAUUGGAGGUGGAAGGAAGGAGACCAGUUGGUAGACCCUGGAAAACACGUGUGUAUACAGGAAGACUUGGCAUUGCUGGGAAUGGAUGAGCAUGGGGCAGAGACAGAGUAGAAUGGAGGAGAGCCAUAAAG